GCGGCCAGGCCCGCGGUGAGCGAUGUCCCUGGCGGAGCGGCGGCGGCGGCGGCAGGACGAGGAAGAGGAGCGGGAAGGGGAGGCAGGGGAUGGGGCCGGUGCCGGCGAGGAGGUGGUGCAGAUCCGGCUGGGGGACAAGUGCUACCCGGUGUGCAAGAGGAAGCUGAUCGAGCAGAGCGACUAUUUCCGAGCGCUCUACCGCUCGGGAAUGCGGGAGGCAGGGCAGGGCCAGGAGGAGCAGCUGCUGCGCGGGGGGCUGAGCGCCCUGGGGCUGGAGCUGGUGCUGGACUUCAUCAACACGUCCUGCCUGGCCAGGCUGGAGCAGGAGGAGGGCGGCGAGGAGGAGCCGCCGCUGCUGGAGGAGCUGGUGGAGGCCGCGUCCUACCUGCAGGUCACGCCCCUGCUGCGGCUGCUGCUGUCGCAGGUGCGGCUGGGCAACUGCUUCGAGUUGCACCGCCUGGCGCAGGUGUACGGCCUGCAGGACCUGCACGACGCCUGCCUGGACUUCAUGGCCGCCCACUACCACCAGGUGCUGCGCAGGCCCGACGCCCGCCCGCACCUCCUGCUGCCCCCGGCGCUGCAGCAGCAGCUGCGGGAGCGGCGCAUGAGGGGCACGGCCACCCUGCUGCUGCUCGGGGACUUCAUGGGCGCCUGCCCGCCGGGGCUGCCCGCCGGCUGCCACCCCGCGGGGGACGCGCCCUGGGCCAUGCUGCGCUACGACGAGGAGGCGCGGCGGUGGCUGCCGCUGGCCAACAACCUGCCCGCAGACCUGGUGAGCGUCCGCGGCUACGGCUCGGCCACGCUGGACAAUUACCUGUUCAUCGUCGGCGGCUACCGCAUCACCAGCCAGGAGAUCUCGGCCGCGCACUGCUACAACCCGUGCCUGAACGAGUGGAGCCAGCUGGCCUCGAUGAACCAGAAGAGAUCCAACUUCAAGCUCCUGGCUGUCAGUGGAAAGCUCUAUGCCAUCGGUGGCCAGUCCCUUUCCAACGUGGAGUGCUACAACCCGGAGAACGACUGGUGGAAUUUUGUGGCGUCCAUGCCAAACCCUCUUGCAGAAUUCUCAGCUUGUGAAUGCAAGGGCAAAAUCUAUGUUAUUGGAGGAUACACUGCACGAGGCAGGAACAUGAGCAUCCUGCAGUAUUGUCCCACUUCUGAUUCCUGGACCAACUUGGAGCUGUGCGACGUGCACGUCCGCAAGCAGCAGAUGCUGUCUGUGGAGGAGACCAUCUACCUGGUGGGGGGCUGCAUCCUCGACCUCGGACCAAACCAGAGAUCCAGCCCCAGCGAGGACGUGCUCACCGUGCAGUCUUACAACAUUGCCACCAAAGAGUGGCUCUACCUCAAUGAGAACUCGUCCAAAUCCGGCCUGAACUUGACUUGCACUCUCCACAACGAUGGAGUCUAUAUCUUGAGUAGGAAUAUUACUGUGUCCUCCAGCUUGGAGCAGCGUCUCUUCCUGAAGUAUAACAUCUUCACGGACACUUGGGAGUCGCUGGGGCGCUUCCCAGCCUUUGGACAAAACAUUCUGAUCUGUUCUAUGUAUUUGCCUGAUGGGCGAGAAGCGUAGCAGCACAAGAGUUUUCUUUUCAGUUCAUUAAUCGUUCUUUGAUGAAGUAUUGCUCCCUCUGAAUAAUUCCAUUUUCCAACUGUAAUGUGGUAGCAUAAUGCAGGCAUAAAAUACUGAUUCUGUUUCUCUAAAAAGGUUUCAGAAUCCAUUAUGAAGAGAAAUGCUUCCAGAAACGGUUUUAAGUUGUUGAUAUAAAAAUUUUACAGGUUUGGAUUAAAAUUUCACCAGGUAUUGUUUGCAAUUUAAACGUAAAAUUAAUGUGUUGGCAACUGAUACAGAAGUUCCAAAGGCAAAACUGAUCAGUCUGGUUUUAUUCUUCAUCUUAAUAGACAGCGCAGAACAAAACAUACACGUUUUAAAAGUGGAAACCAUUCAAUAAAGUAAAUAAUUAGUAUAAUCAAAACCACAACAGGAUUUAUUUCUUUCAAAGUACAGUUUUUACACAAUGUUCUUUCAAAUUCACACUGUUAAAAAUUGUUUAUACAAUCCCAUUUUAAUCUCUUCCAUGGCAGCAAGUGAUAUUCUCAAAGAUGCUAGCAAUUGGGGUCCCAUCAAUAAGAAUUUCUUCUGAAUUAUUUGUAGUGCAAUGCUUUGCCAGAGACUGGUAGGAAUUACCUAGAGGCUACAGUUGCUGAUUAGAAAGUAGAUGCUCCUUUAAUGGAAGUUGGCAACAUUUCUUAUUACUAUUAAGAUGGUGAUAAAAAGGCUCUUUAUUCAAAGAGUGGAGUUUUCCUAAUUGUCAUAAAGGUUUAUAUUUUAUUUACCUUGUUGUGUUCUGUAGUACUUAAAACUGAGUUUUAAAGAUUUGGCAGCAAGCCAUGUGUUGUGAAAAUGUCCCUGAGCAUGUGAACAGGUGAUCCUGCUCCAGGCACUUCUGAUUGGUAAUACUCCUGUAGGACACACAUGGGAGACUUGGCUGUUGUAAAUGACUCCCUGACCAUGUUCCCCAGAGCAGGGACACGUGAGUGUUGGCUCUUUCUUGUGUUACCAGGAGAGGUUGCCCCGGGCUUGCCACCCAGUGUCCACCCAGUGUUGUUCCUCUCUGUAAAGGGCACUGUACGUUGGUCACUUCGUGGGGAUUCUGGAGUGGAUAAUGCAGGAGCUUCUCCCAGUUCCUGUCUCUUGCCUGAGAGACUUGCAGCCAUGAUUGACCCCUUUUCUCCUUGCAGCUGACAAGUGCAAAAGCAUCUUCUUGAGGUGCCUGUCCAGGUCUGGAAUGUGUGUCCUCACAGCAAGGAGAGGAAAAGCUCUGUCUCCAUGAGAAGAGCCAGGCUAGACAUGUGCUAAACACAUUGCAGGGAUGCUGGUUCUGUUCCAGCUGCUUAUCCACAUGAUGACAUUUAAAGCACCUGAACACAUUCCUAAUGUGUGGAGAUGUCUUUUUUGUGUCUUCAAUAGAAUUCAGGAAUUUGAAUCUUUUGAAGACAGGGGCCAGUUUUACAGAGGAGGAGGAGGGAGCAGCGGUUUCCUCAAUGUCCUUGUAACUCCUUGCUUUUCUGUGGUUUUGAAUGAAAUCAGUUCUUGCUAAAGGGUUAUCAGUCUUAAAGUGCCUUGCCAAUCACUGCUCACAUAUUGAUCUUGGUGCUUUCAAUCACCUGUAGCAACUUAAACAGAAAA